GCAACCUAAAACAAGAAAGCAUAUUGGAACCAGCGAUUUGGAAUAGGACCAGGAGUUGUAAAGAAGACCUGACACUAUUACCAGUGUUCCUGGGAUAGACACUUCUCUGAUUCUCCUUUCCUCACAGGAAACAGCCAAAGGAACCAGAGGCGGCUGAGGACGAAAUCCUGCAAAUGCCUGCACCUGCACCGUGCGGGCAUCGCCGAGAAGGAGGGGAAGGUGGGGUUUCCCCUCAUCAGGCGACCUCUGCACCUGUUGACAGCCCGGCAUUCGUCCGUUGCAGCUGAAGAGCGGCUACAUCCUGGGUUUCUCCGCUGACCGUCUUGCUCGGGAGGCUUCGUCUUUCAGAAAUCUGUGAAGUUUGAACAAGCAGCCUUCCCAAGAUGUACCGAACAUCUCGACUGAUGUCAACACCGGUGGCAAGUCAAUGUUCCUCCGGGUCCGAGAGAGAAUCUGCUGGAGAGCUGUCUCCCACGUGCGUUUUCCCAAGCUUUGCCUGUGAUUUCCUGGCUGGUGACGGUUCCUUUGACUGCUGCUCCCUAGAUCCCCUGACAGGCUCCUACCUUCCCUGUCGCCGAAGUCCCAGGCUCCUCACCAACGGCUACUACAUUUGGACAGAGGACAGUUUCCUCUGCGACAGAGAUGGCAACAUCACACUGAGCCCAUCCCAGACCAGUGUGAUGUACAGGGAGAACUCAGUUAGGAUAUUUAGGAAGAAAAAGAGGAUCCGCAGCCCUUUCCCUUCUCUCCUCCGCCUCGGGGCCUCUAGAUCCUGGCUGCGGGGAAGCAUCUUCGCUGAUGCCCACUCGUCCCCGGGCGAGGCCAGCUGGCUGGAGGGCGCCGGCAGCCUGGACGCGCAGCCUUGCAGCGACAGUGGCGGUGAUUUUGACUGUGCGCUGACUGAUGACUGGGCGUCGGAGCGGCUGGAGGCAGAGUCCGUGGCAGCCUCCUCCCCGGGCCACAUUACGCCUGAGACUCCCGGAGGAGACUCCCUCCGCGGGGCCCUGCAGCCCCGGGGGGUGGCUGCGGAGCAUCUCCAACGGGGCAUUUUGGAUCAUUCAAAAACCAGUUCGUUGGGAGAGAUCUCCUUUCAGACAGUUCUGCUUGCUGCAUGCUUGGCCAUAUCUGCAUGUGCAAGGUGGCUGCUGGGAGGACUGGUAGCCAGUGUCUUCGCGUGCUCCUUGACCAUCACGAUUGCCUAUGUUGCCAAGUCCCUGCUGCUCAGCCUCGCCAGCUACUUCAACGCCGGCCCCUGCGCUCGGCGUCAUCCACACACGCUCUUGCCUUUAAGACCUAUGAAAACAAGGACUUCUGACUUCACUUCUGUAUCCAUCUCAACGCCUUGAAAAUGGUUUGCCAAAAUUUGACAGCCAUUCAGGAGUGCCUGUGAUGAAUGUCUUCAAUCUGAAUCUCCGGAAAUUGUCCCAUUUCCAGUCUGCUUGGAAUCAACUGCUUUACUGGAAGGGAGUGAGCGACUGGAUACUUGAGAAAAGCCAUUUUCAUUGGGUUAUGUGUUGUGCUUUUUUAAAAAUCCCCAGUUUUGCCCUCGUAAAACUGUACUAUGUUUGUGAAAACAAUAUUAAUUCAUCUUUCUGUUGCAAAUACUGGCAGUGGAGAAGGGAAGCACUGGGAAAUGUGAUAGAGGACAUGCCACCCAGGGAAACAUUGUCCUAUUACUCCCUGAGGCGUGGUGCUCACACAUUAAUUAUCAACAGGGGAUUUCAUGGGGAGCUUGCAACAAUGCCGAUUCCUGGGCCUGCCCACACGGGCCCACCCUCUGCUCAGCUGCUUUAGCUGAAUAAUGAAAGCGAGUUUAUAGAACCAACACCCACAUGAACGUAAUUAAAUGCAGCUUAUACCGUGUAGAAAACAUCAGUAUUUUUGCUAAAGGAGUGGCUCAGUAUUGGGUGAUGACUAUAGAUGACGGCUGAUGGAAAAGGGGCAGGACAGAGCCUUUUUUUUUUUGGAAGGUACAUUCUUCUUUUAAUUUUUGUUUUAGAUUGAAUUUAUUGGGAUGACAUUGGUUGAUGAAAUUAUUUGGGUUUUAGGUGUGCAAUUCUAUAACACAUCAUCUGUGUAUAGUACUGUGUGUUCACCACCCCAAGGUCAAGUUGGAGGGUAUAUUCUUAUUUUGAACCAUUUUCUUUACCAAGUUUUCACCCUUCUUGGUACCUUUCAUUAAAAUUGCUCUUACAAUAAAAACACAGAAAAAUUGCUCUAGGGCAAAAUAAAGGCAAAACCCCAGAGUGCUUUGAAAGAUGAAACGACGGUGCUGUUACAAAACCAAUGAGGGGGCCGCCAAGGUGCUCCCUCUCCACCCCUCCUGCCUGGGCCAUGUUCCCAAAUGUGUUCACAUGGGUUCUAUAUGGUAUUCUCUGUCUAGAAACUUCUGUGGAGAAAUUUGUCUUUGCUUAAAAUGGCAAUGUCAAAAUAUCACUGUUAUGUCAUUUGUAUUUUGGGUUGAAAAUAUAUAUUAAUAAUAAAUGGAGUCAUCAGCAAAAUUGA